AUGGUAAUUCAAUUAAACAAUAAAAUAAAUUGUCUUGCUUUUGCUUUUAAUAAAGAUUCCUAAAUUUUUUCAAUUGGAUUUGAUAAUUAAAUAAUUAUAUACAAAUUCAAAUAAAGAAUUUAAAAAUAAAUUCAAGUAUUAUUAUAUCAACAUAAAAAUGACGUGUUUACAUUAAAUUUCCUGAAAAAAUCCAAUUAGUUGAUAUCAGGAGAAUACGAUAGUACUAUUUUAAUUAGGUCAAUUAAUAACAAAAAUUAAUGGGUUUGUUCAUAAACAAUUAAAGGACAUUAUUCGAGCAUUUAUUGCUUAAUUAUCAAUAAUAAUGAAGAUCUAUUUAUAUCAGGCAAAGCCGAUAAGACUAUUAAGUUUUGUGUUAAGAAAAAUAAAUGGAUCUGUUCAUAAACAAUUACAGAUUAUCAAAAUAGUAUUUACUCAUUAAGUUUGAAUGACUAAUAAAAUUAUGUUAUUUCUUGUUGAUGGGAUAAACUAAUAUUGAUAAUUGAGUAUUCAGCAUAAAAUAAAAAUUGGAUUGUAAUUUAAAAAACUAAUGUUGAUUGUUAUGGAUUUCGAUUAUGCUUUGUCGAUGAUAAUCUAUUUAAAUUUUAAUCUAUCGAAGGCAAUUUGAUGCAUGUCUACGAGAUGAAUAGUGUAAGAAGAUAAUUUAGUAAAACUAAAGAUAUUAUUAUUAAUCAAGGUAAUGAUAGUGAAAUGUUAUUUCCACAAUAAUAUAUUAAAUCUAAAUAAUUAUUAGUGAAUAAACAUGAUAAAUAUAUCAAUUUUAUUAGAUUGAUAGAAAAUGAAGAAUUUAAACUUGAGUAAAAAAUACAGUUUAGCACAAAAUAAAUAUUUGGAUCAUUAAGUGAUGACAGAGACUAUUUGAUAACAUAGGAUUCAAUAUCAACAGAAAUAUAAAUUAGAGAAUGCAGAGAAGAAUGA